UGCACUACACAGACAAAUUAAUACACGCAGAGACACAAACACAUACUUAUUAUAUAAACAACAAAAGCGAAACCUCCAUCUUUUUACAUAUAAAGAUCAUCAUCCAAGAAGAAGAAGAUGAAGCUGAUCGUGAUGGUGAUGACGAUGAUGAUGAUAAGUGAAGGAAGUAUGAUAGAUCAGACAUGUAAACAGACACCAGACUUCAAACUUUGUGUCUCUCUACUCAACUCCGACCCACGUGGCUCCUCUGCCGACAUCUCUGGCCUCGCUCUCAUCCUCAUCGAUAAAAUCAAGGUGCUGGCGACAAAGACCUUAACCGAGAUCAACGGUCUAUAUAAAAAGAGACCGGAACUAAAACAGGCUUUGGACCAAUGUAGUCGAAGAUACAAAACGAUUUUAAAUGCUGAUGUUCCCGAAGCCAUCGAAGCUAUCUCUAAAGGAGUCCCUAAAUUCGGCGAAGACGGCGUGAUUGACGCCGGGGUAGAAGCUUCUGUUUGUGAAGAAGGGUUUCAAGGGAAAUCUCCGUUGACUAGUUUAACCAAAUCAAUGCAAAACAUCUCUAGUGUGACUAGAGCCGUUGUGAGAAUGUUGCUUUGAUUUUAUCUUCCUAUAAGGUUUAUAUGUGUUAGAUUGGGAUGUUAUCCUCUUCAUAAAAAAUAAAAAAUAUGAGAACUAAAAAUUCAUGUCUGAUUUUGUUGUUGUUUCUAUGUAAAUUGUAGUUUGUUUCUCAUUUAUACUAGGUUUUCAUAUAUGUAUUGGCAUGUUGUUUAUACUUCUGAUGCAUUCUGUUGUUUUGUUCA